CGAUGGUGCAAUGGUGGAGCCCGAAUGGUGACUAGCGACGGCAUCCGCAUGUGGGGUCGGGAUGAUCCCCGGAAACGGGGGUGCGUCUGACGUCUGCGCAUAGGGGUGUCAUUCAUGACGAUCUCGGCACUAUCGCCCUAAUUAAUUCUCGCGGCUUAUUUACCCAUCUUUCUUUAAUUGUCAAAUGCAGCAUGAUACAAAAUUCAAGCCAUGAUCAAACCGCGCCAACUCCAUGCUGGCGUUGCAAAAUGGGAGAAGCGGACUUGCCAGCUGCUGGGUCAACCGUCCGCCCCAGUUCUAUGCGGCCCCCGUAAAUACCCCUAUCAAGUGGCACAAAAUGCCACCAGAACAUACCAUGUCUCGAGAAGCAUUCGGGAGCCAGUCUACAAACCCCAGCAGUUAACAACAAAAGGCCUUGCGCAAUUCACCACAAACUCCCAUGCCAAUGUCCAUGCCGCCCCCUCCGAGCCUGUAAUCCACCCCGUCUUCGAGGCCAACACAGGCACCUGGCAGUACGUCGUCGCGGACCCAUCGACCAACGAAGCCGUGAUCAUCGACCCGGUGCUCGACUACGACGCCAGCACGUGCACCGCGUCAACCCACACCGCCGACAACCUCCUCGCCCUCAUCCAUUCGCACAGCUACACCGUCGACCGGAUCCUCGAGACGCACGCGCACGCAGACCACCUGACGGCUGCGGCGUACCUACAACUAAAACUAGGCGCCGCACAAGCCCACAGAAACCACCGGCCGCCGCUGAUCUGCAUCGGGCGGCGCAUCGGCAUCGUCCAGACUCUCUUCGGCCAGCGGUACGGUGUGCCGGCCGACGAGCGCGCCGAGAGCGCCUUCGACACGCUGCUCGACGACGACGAGCAGUUCGUCGUCGGGCGCGCGCUGCGCGUCACCGCGCUGCACCUGCCGGGCCACACGCCCGACCACCUCGGCUACAUGUUCGGCGGCGCGCACGUCUUCUGCGGCGACUCGCUGUUCCACCCCGACAUUGGCUCCGCGCGGUGCGAUUUCCCCGGCGGCAGCGUGCGCGACCUCUACGCAUCGGCCCGCCGGCUGCUCGCGCUGCCCGCCGCCGUGCGCAUCUGGCCGGGGCACGACUACCCGCCGCCACCUCCACACUCACGCGAGCCGGUCAGCUGGGCGACGGUGGUGGACCACCGCAGGGAGAACAGACACCUCCGCGACGGGAUUUCUGAGGAAGAGUUUGUGACGAUGCGCGGCGAGCGCGAUGCGAGGCUAGGUGCGCCGCGGCUGCUGCACCAGGCGCUGCAGAUGAAUAUUCGCGCGGGGAGGCUGCCGCGGCCGACGCCGGGGUUUGGGGACCGGUUGCUACAUGUGCCGAUGCGGUUGGGGCCGGGUGUUGGAGAGUGGUGA